AUGCAGGCACGAAAUGUUGCUACACCCGAGACCGCUCCUCGCAGCACCACUAUACCUUCCCAGUCUGAGGUUGGUCAGGGUACGAGACAGCAGGGCACUUCCCACACUCAAGACGAGAACAUGCUCUACAAAGCCUCUCGCGCGGGCGGACCCAGCGAGCAGGCGUCCAUUGCGCCUUCAAUCCCAAGUUGGCUCUACAAGCUGCCGUCCGAAGUCUCCGGCUACUCGAGUACGGACCCUUCUGCUCUCGGUGGCCCUCACACUCCGAGCGGCUCUCAGCCGAACAUGGCUCCACGGCCGAGUCCGCUACGUCCAGCACGACCAUCACGAGCUUCUGACGCGCGAGGGGCGCCCCAGCCGGCUAUGGCGGCUCAGUCUGCGGGAGCAUCGAAUGCGCAAUUUGAUGCUUUGAAUGACCUGGAGAGCGUCGGACCGGGAUCGAGCGUCUCGCAGCGGUCCAGCAAUCGGCAAACGCCAGCUAUUCAUCAGACGUCCUCAGUCCGUCAGCCGUCUUCUGCUCGCCAGACAGCCACAGUUCGUCAGAAGUCCACGGUUCAGCAGACUCCAACGAUCUACCAAAACCCUCCAAUGCAACAGAUGCCCACAAUGCAACAGUGGCCUACCAUGCCACAGUUUGCCAGGGCUGAUGGUCAGGCACCGGUUGUGAACAAUUUUCAUCACAACUACAGCCCGACUGACAGCCGCCAGAACUUUACAGCCAACAGCCAGCAAUACCACACCGACAACGGCUAUCACCAGACCACCUAUUCCCCUCACGUAGUCCACACCCAUAACAACCAGCGACACAUUUUCGACAACAGCCGGCGUGAUACCAUCACCCAGUCGAUGGAAACGUUGCAUCUAAACUCCAGCUCCACCUCAGCGCCCCAGCCGCAGCGCAAGUGGGAUGUCUGCGGCCGCACUCCGAGUGAGACACUUGCCCUCCGCGGGGCGCGCAUCAAGUGCAAGAGGGGUCUGUUCUUCGACAAGGGAAUCACCACCCACCAGCACGUGCCUGACAGCCGCCCUUGCUAG